AUGUCUUUACAAAACGGUAUGAAAGAAUUGAAGGACCUAAAACUAAAAAUGGAUAGAAAUGCACGUAGAAGGGAGAGAAGACGCCUAAGAAAAUUCCAAAAGACAAAAAAACCACGUCCACCAAACAGUUUUAUCUUGUAUAGAACCUACAUGCAAAAUGCAAUAAUAAAUAAAUCCAAUAAAUCCCCAACAAAUAUGAGGGUAGCUUCUAAAAAAAUAUCAGAAUUAUGGAAGCACGAACCAAACGCCAUUAAAACUUUCUGGUAUCAGCUGGCAGUUAAAGAAAAAUCAAGAACUUCGGAUAAAACAGUAUCAGAAAUUGUCAGCUCGUUAAACCAUCCAAUGUCUAAGGUUACGUCGUUUGCCCAUCUCUCAACAACAACGACAUCUAAUUUAGACGAAGAAAAAUACGAGCCACAAAUCACAUUCAUUAUAAAUGAAAAUAAUAUGAUAACGCAACAAUCUUUUCAAAAAUCUUUCCAAAACGUGUCACCAGCCAGUUGCAACAGCAACAAAAAUAAUAACGGCGAUGCCAACUAUCAUCAUAAUGCAUAUAAUGAAAGUGUUUAUUUGUUAUCAAUGAAUGACAUGACAUCUCCUCCUUCUAUAUCUCAUCCUCCUAAUUUUUAUUCGGGGCCUUCCUCUUUGGCUCACUCACCCCAGUCAUUACCAAUUUUUUCAUGUGAAAAAAACAUUUUUUUAAAUAGUUCAUUCAAUAAUCAGAACGUUUUAAGAGAUCCAUGUUUAGUGGAGACUUUUUAUGACACCGCAAAAUAUCACAUAGACGAUAAAAUUAAAGACGCAAAUUUCAACACUUCUCCGUUGAUUGAGUUUACUACAUGCGAACAAGAGCCUUUGGCGCCAUUGUUUGAUCUUUUGGAUAAUAACAAUGAAAAUAUCCAGUAA